AACUCGGCGGAAUCCAAGCCUUGGGAAGGGGGAAAAUCGACCGUGGGGGCGGGGCGUACAGACCAGCCCCACCCCCCGCCGCAGACCCCGCCUUCCAGGACGCUGACGUCACCCUGUGGGCCAGCCCCUCAUUGUCAGUCCCGGGGAGCCCGAGGAGGCGCCGGGCGCCGGGAGCAGGGUGCCGGAUCCCUGGGCGGCGGGAGCGUGGGCCGGAGCCGCCGAGGUCAAAGAGGCAACUGCCAUUGAAAGAUAGUAGGUGACUGUUUCCAGGACAACAACCACUGGGGGGAGCAGCCUGAAGCAUUGACUGAAAGGUUAAAUUACCUAAAUGAGUGAAAAUGGUCUCCAGCUGCCAAAGAAGGUUGUGGAUGCCAAGAAAAAGGUAACCAUUUCUCAUCCCCCGGAGUGGAAUUGGAUGCCUCUUGGAGUUCACACUGGCUGACAGUAGACAUGGCUGAGUUUACAAACUACAAGGAUGCUGCCUCCAGCCGCCACCUGCGGUUUAAGUUACAGAGUCUAAGCCGCCGCCUUGAUGAGUUGGAAGAAGCCACAAAAAACCUCCAGAAGGCAGAGGAUGAGCUGCUGGAUCUCCAGGACAAGGUGAUUCAGGCAGAAGGCAGCAACUCCAGCAUGCUGGCAGAGAUUGAAGUGCUGCGCCAGCGAGUGCUGAGAAUUGAAGGCAAAGAUGAGGAAAUUAAGAGAGCAGAGGACCUGUGUCAGCUGAUGAAGGAGAAACUUGAAGAGGAGGAAAACCUCACCCGGGAGCUGAAAUCUGAGAUUGAGCGGCUUCAGAAACGAAUGGCCGAACUGGAGAAGCUAGAAGAGGCCUUUAGCAGGAGUAAGAAUGACUGUACCCAACUCUGUCUGAGCCUGAAUGAGGAGAGAAACCUGACGAAGAAAAUCUCCUCUGAGCUGGAAAUGCUCAGGGUCAAAGUGAAAGAACUCGAAUCUUCUGAGGACCGCCUAGAUAAAACUGAGCAGAGUUUAGUGUCAGAGUUGGAAAAGCUGAAAUCAUUAACUCUGAGCUUUGUAAGUGAGAGAAAAUACUUGAAUGAAAAGGAGAAAGAAAAUGAGAAACUUAUAAAAGAGCUCACUCAAAAACUGGAGCAGAACAAAAAAAUGAACCGAGAUUAUACAAGGAAUGCUUCUAACCUUCUGGAAAGGCAUGACCUACGGAUUGAGGAUGGUAUCUCUUCCACAGUGCCAUCCAAAGAAUCAAGAAGGAAGGGCACGCUGGACUAUCUAAAGCAGGUAGAGAAUGAAACAAGAAAUAAAUCCGAAAAUGAAAAGAACCGAAAUCAGGAAGACAAUAAAGUCAAAGACCUUAACCAAGAGAUUGAGAAACUUAAGACACAAAUCAAGCAUUUUGAAUCUUUGGAAGAAGAGGUUAAGAAAAUGAGGGCCAAAAAUAAUGACCUUCAGGAUAAUUACCUAAGUGAACAAAAUAAAAACAAACUCUUAGCCAGCCAGCUGGAGGAGAUAAAGCUACAAAUCAAGAAACAGAAAGAGUUAGAGAAUGGGGAGGUGGAAGGGGAAGAUGCUUUCCUGUCCAGCAAAGGCAGGCAUGAGAGGACUAAGUUUAGAGGUCAUGGGAAUGAGGUGUCUGUGUCCAAGCACACAUCUCGGGAACUGUCCCCUCAGCAUAAGCGGGAAAGGCACCGAAACAGGGAGUUUGCUCUUAACAAUGAAAACUAUUCUCUGAGCACCAGGCAGGUUUCCUCUCCUGGUUUCACCAGCAGGAGGGCAGCCAAAGCUUCCAACAUAGGGGCAGGGACAGAUAGUGGGACUCAGGAGACAAAGAGGACUGAAGAUCGAUUUGCAUCUGGCUCCUCUCAAAGUGAAGGGAAGAAGUCCAGGGAGCAGCCAUCAGUGCUUAGCCGCUACCCCCCAGCUGCUCAGGAGCACAAUAAAGUGUGGAAGGGUACUCCCAAGCUAGGUACUGAGAGUGGGUUGAAGGGAAAAGUAGAGAAGACAACACGAACAUUUAGUGAUACCACCCAUGGAUCCGUUCCCAGUGACAUACUGGGUAGAGCUGACAAGUCUUCUGACACCUGCACGGAGGCCCUCUUUGGCAAGCGGGGGCAGGUGCCUAGCAAUGGAAGUCAGGCAGCUCAGGCUGCAGACUCUGGCAGUUCUAAGGCCAUUGGUGCUCUAGCCUCAUCGCGAAGAUCUUCCUCAGAAGGGCUCUCUAAGGGCAAAAAGGCUGCCAACGGCCCAGAGGCUGAUACCAGUUUCCCUAAUUCUAAGGCUCCACUUUUGUCAAAGUAUCCUUAUAGUUCCAGAAGCCAAGAGAACAUCCUUCAGAAUUUUUCAACCCCAAAUAAAGAAGGAGUUGAUCAAUCUGUAGCAAUUGUGAUGGAAGACAGCAGUCAGCAUGAGGCCCUGAGGUGUCGAGUCAUCAAAUCUAGUGGCAGAGAGAAGCCAGACUCAGAUGACGAUAUGGACAUGACAUCUCUUGUUACUGCCAAAUUGGUAAACACAACCAUCACCCCGGAGCCAGAGCUCAAACAACAGCCCAACUCUAGAGAAAAAGCCAAAUCCCGAGGGGGCCUUAGAACUGCCCUGUUCGAGAAUGAUAAAGAUGCUGGGACAGAAAAUGAAUCUGUGAAAACUGUCAGAGCCUCCACCAAUGCCGUGGAGUUCCCAGAGGCCAAUGGUGCUGGGGUUAAAAGUCAAAGGCCCUUCAGCCCCAGAGAGGCCCUGCGGUCUAGAGCUGUCAUCAAACCUGUCAUCAUUGAUAAAGAUGUGAAAAAAAUCAUGGGAGGGUCUGGAACUGAGGCCAUAUUGGAGAAACAGAAAUCCACCUCCAAACCAGGGCCAAACAAAGUGACAAGCAGCAUUACUAUCUACCCCUCUGACAGCAGCAGCAAUAGCAGCAGCAGCAGCCCUAGAGCCGCUCCAGGUGAGGUCCUGCGGGAGAGGCACACAUCUACCAGCAACAUCCAGGUUGGGUCAUCAGAGCUCACAUCAGUUAGCAACCAUGUCAGUUCUCCCUUUGAGCUCUCCAUUCACAAACAUGACAUCACCUUGCAGUUCACAGAAGCUGAAAGAAUGGGAGAUGGGCCCCUGAAGAACAGGCCUGAAACAGUGGUCUCUCGGAGCAGCAUUAUAAUCAAGCCAUCGGACCUGGUGGAGAGGAAUAAUCACGUACCCCCUGCAGAGACAAUCAGGUGGAAAAACCAUAGUGCCCCUUCAGAGGCGAGCCCUUCAGAUGCCAGACAUGUCACUGUGCGGAAUGCCUGGAAGAGCAGGCGAGAUUUGAACUCUUUAGAAGACCUCCCAACUCAAAUAGGUAAAAGCGUGGUAUCUACCAAUGCCUACACCCAGAGGUCCUCCACAGACUAUUCAGACCUUGAACAGCCCAGGUCGUACCUUUUUGAGCAGGGUACUCGAAGGGUAGGAAACCCAGGGGAUGCUCCUGAGCUCUCUUCUAGAAGGACCCAAAGUAGCCUCACUGUGUCAGAGAUGCUCACUCGGCGGAAUCGGGUAGGAGAUGCUGUCACAGCUACCACCUGGAACUACUUGGCAGGCAUGGAGGAAGGUGAUGACUGCACACUCAGUGUCUACAGGCGACCUCACAACUCCCUGGAACAGUCUGAACAGUCUGAACUGCCCGUGAAGCAGGGGCUGUCAGAGCCGGGGCGAGUUAAGGCCGAGGAACGGUUACGACCAGCCAGGCCCUGUGCUGAAGAAAACUGAGCCAGCUGGGUGAGGUCAGCUGUCUCCUCUGCUCCUGCUUCUCAGCUCUUCCACCUUCUCAUCUAUGAAGGAUCCCAGGCCAGUUAACCGGGCUACACACCAGGCCUUGGUUGGAGAUAGUGGCAGAGAGCCAGACUGUGGCUCAGGUCAUUUUUGCCAGUUGGCCAGAGGAGAUCAGAAACUACAAGCUGGACAGAGUCACCCAGGCCCAGCCUUCCCCGAUUGAUGCAUGAGUCCUCUCUCCUUGUCCCUGCUCUGUCCCCCAGGUAGGGUGGGCCACUCUGGCCCCCAAAUAGGGAAUGAUAUAGAAACUCCUUAUAUCUCCACCAUACAACAGCAGCCUUUCUGUGUGGUUAAUGUUCAGAUUUCUUAGUCUCUUCACCACAUUCAGUUCACUGUCUGCCCUAGGAAGCACUGACACUAAGACUUACCAGCCAUCAGCUCCAUUUAGGGGGCUUCCAUUCCUUUCCCCUUUGGGGUUCCUCAGACUUUACUGAAGAUGUCUGUGCUGCCUCUAAGGGAUUAUGGGACUGUGACCUGGCCCCCUUGCUGACCACUGUUUCGGGGGCAGAGCACAUGGGUGCCCACCCACCUACUGGAUUGACAUCAUCCCUCCCACAACCCCAGCUCUCAGCUCACCGUACAGAGGCGCCUGGAAGUGCAGAAACUUCAUGCAUCUCCUUCCCUGGGCACAAUAAUGCUGCUGGCAUUGCCUGCUCCUCUCCUAUGGCUGGAGAAUUCAUGCUGACUUUGUUUCCACUUUUAGACAAUUCCCAGACUAAACUGGGCUUGACCCAGCAUACUCUGCCUUCUAGGAAGCGCCCGGCAAAGGGGAAAGUGGACAGGAAGAAGCGCUUUCCCUUUAGUCACUCCACAAAGCAAUAGCUCCAUGAAAGGUAUGGACUUUGUUCCUCUUCCUCUAUCUCCCAUGUUGGAGGUAUCGCACUUUACCAAGCUGAUGCAUUCCUAGAGGUGGGCCCAUGAUUUCUGCAAACAGCUAUCAUCAUGACUUCAUGGGAGGGAAGGUAACACAUGCCCAUCAAGGGCCCCAGAUUUAUACAGUUCAUAAUGCAGCAAACUUUUCAGGAAGCCACAUAAAUAAUCACAUGGGGAAGUUAAAAAGAACCAUAUAAUCUUGACACUUU